GAAAAGUAAAGUUGGCUGCAAAGAUCCAUUGCAUUCUUGCCCACCUGUCUGCUUCUCGUUUUUCUCAUCAGUGCAACUCAUAGAAGGAAGAAAAACAUCUGGAUACGGCGCUUCAGAUUUUCAACUUCUCCGCAGGUAUCAUCAACUGAAGCAGAGCCAAAGAAAAACCAAUCUUACCGCCAGCUCUCUGUUUUUGCUUUCUUGUUCUUGUUGUUUCGUAUCCGUUUUAGAGCUGUUUUCUUUUUACCGUUCUUUUUGAUCCUCUGAUUCGUGCUCAGGCGUGGCAAAAAAUGUUCCGUGUGGCUCGUGUUCUCCGCGGCGUUAGCCCGUUCUCGAUUUUCCUCAUGGAUCAGAAGAGCAACCCGGCUCUGAAGGGCGUGCCGAUUGCGAAGCGCGGUCGUAUGCUGUCGAAGAUGUACAAGGAGCUCUCGCAGCAGCAGCGGAAGGAGCUGCAGAAACGUGCAGAGAGCCACCCCAGCAUGAACAAGAAGAAGACGCGCAAGAGGCCGUCCCGCAAGAGCGAGUUCUCUGAGUUCGUGCGGGAGAACUACAACGUGGUGAAGGGGUUGAACUACAGGAAGCGCUUUUCUGCACUGUCGCAGUUGUACGAGCUCCGCAAACCGCUGGAUGUGCAGGUGGCCAAGGCGAUAAAAGAGGUGAACACGAAGAAGCGCGUGGCACCGGCUAAGAAGGCGGUGAAGAAGGCGGUGAAGAAGGCAGCGUCCAAGGCGGCGUCCAAGGCGAAGACCGCAGAGAAGGGGUAG